AUGUCAACCCCAACACAGCAGAAGGCUUUAUUGCUCCUCGCCAAGCAGGGCGACUUCGCGGUACAGACACGACCCGUCCCGACGCCGGGCCCGGGCGAGCUCCUCGUGCGAAACGAGGCGAGCGGGCUCAACCCCGUCGACUGGAAGAUCCAGGCGUACGGCCUGUUCUUGAAGGACUAUCCUGCCGUCUUGGGAACCGACGCCGCGGGGGUCAUCGUCGCCGUCGGCGAGGGCGUGCCAACGUGGCAGGUCGGAGACAGAGUGUUGUAUGAAGGCCGGCAGCACAUUGACCGAGCAACGUUCCAGCAGUACGCUCUAGUCGAUGCCGACUUUGUCGCCAAGGUCCCGGACUCGCUCACUUUCGAACAAGCGGCCUCUAUCCCUCUCGCGCUUACCACCGCUGCAGUAGGCCUAUACAACCAGGCGGGUGGGCCACGGUUCACCCCGCCGUGGGUUGAAGGCAGCAGGUUCAAAUACGCAGGGCCUAUAGUAGUUAUCGGCGGAUCUAGUGUCGUCGGUUCUCUCGCCCUCCAGCUCUCGAGGCUAUCCGGAUUUUCCCCCAUAAUCACGACUGCCUCGCUCAAGAAUGCCGAACUGCUCAUUGGCUUUGGCGCCACCCACGUUCUCGAUCGGAACCUGUCCGCUUCAGCGCUGCGCGAACAGGUCUUCGAGCUUGCCGGCGGAGCCGUAUCGGUCGUGUACGACGCCAUCUCGCUCCCCGAGACGCAGAACGCCGCAUUUGAUCUCCUCGGCAAAGAUGGAAAGCUCCUGACCGUCCUCGCGCCCGCGGUGGACGAAGACAAGCAGAAGAAUGCGAACGGACGCACAGUCGUCACCAUCGCGGGCCACAUACUGCGUCCGGAGAACCAGGACUUUGGACGGGGGCUGUUCUCCAAGUUGACCGGCCUGCUCAAGAACGGCGAUCUCAAGCCAUUACAUGUCGAACUCGAAUCCGGAGGCCUCGCGGGUAUCCCUGCUGGUCUGAAUAGGCUGAAGAAUAACCAAGUGAGCGCGAGCAAGGUUGUAGUGCAGCCACAGGAGACGGCGUAA